AUGUCACCUACAGCUCUGAACCCAGUUCAGGGCCAUCACGAUUCCUUCUCUCUUCCUUCUGGAGGAGUUACCAAUGGUACCGGUGUCAACCAGACAAAGGUCCACGCUAGUGCUAGAAGGACUCCUGAAGGUGGUCUAAUCAAGGUCGAAUCUGAUUCAACCAAGUACGAGGAAGAAGGUAUCAGAGCCAUAUUCACCGAUAGGGGUGCGGACGUUGUUCAAGGCGGGGACGGGAAAUUCUCUGUCAAGAAAACUGAGAAGAAUUACGAGUUUUAUACCAAAUCCAAGGUCGGUAAAGUUGGACUCAUGCUUGUUGGCUUGGGUGGUAAUAACGGAACUACCGUUCUCGCUACUCAUCUCGCCAACAAACAUCAAAUCUCUUGGAGAACCAAAGAUGGAACUCAAGAGCCCAACUACAUCGGUUCAGUCGUUCGAGCAUCUACCAUUCGACUUGGUGUCGAUCCCGAAACCGGGAAAGACGUCUUUGUCCCUCUGAGCGAUAUGUUACCUAUGGUUCACCCUAACGAUUUCGUCAUUGGUGGUUGGGAUAUAUCUGGUGUAUCAAUGGAUAAAGCUAUGUCUAGAGCUAAAGUGCUUGAAUGGGAUCUACAAAGACAACUUGUUCCCAUGAUGGACAGUGUCAAACCUUUACCUUCUAUCUAUUACCCCGAUUUCAUCGCUGCCAAUCAAGCUGAUCGAGCCGACAACCUCAUUCCUGGUGAUGACAAGCAAUCUCAUCUCGAUCACAUCCGAAAUGAUAUUCGACAAUUCAAAUCCGACAACCAGCUCGACUCUGUUGUUGUUCUCUGGACAGCCAAUACCGAAAGAUACGCCGAUAUUAUUCCUGGAAUCAAUGACACUUCCGAUAACUUACUCAAAUCAAUCGAAUCUUCCCAUGAAGAAGUCUCACCUUCGACUAUCUUUGCCGUUGCAUCUAUCCUCGAAGGUGUUCCUUUCAUCAACGGUUCACCUCAAAACACCUUUGUUCCAGGUUGUAUUGAGCUUGCCGAGAAACACAAGACUUUUAUCGGUGGAGAUGAUUUCAAAUCAGGUCAAACUAAAGUCAAAUCUGUCCUUGCCGAAUUCUUGGUCAAUGCAGGUAUUAAACCUCUUUCUAUCAGUUCUUAUAACCAUCUCGGUAACAACGAUGGAAAGAACUUGUCUUCUCAGAGGCAAUUCAGAUCUAAGGAGAUCUCCAAGUCUAGUGUUGUCGACGAUAUGGUGGCUGCCAACAACGUCCUUUACAAGUCUGCCGCUGAACUCACAGCUGAAACUGGUGAAGUCACCAAGAAGGGUGAACAUCCUGAUCACAUCGUCGUUAUCAAGCAUGUUCCUGCCGUUGGCGAUUCUAAACGAGCUAUCGACGAAUACUAUUCCGAACUUCUCAUGGGUGGGCGAAACGUCAUGAACAUUUUCAACGAAUGUGAAGAUUCAUUAUUGGCCACUCCAUUAAUAUUUGAUCUUGCUAUACUCGCUGAAUUACUCACCAGAGUCACAUACAAACCCGAAGGUGAAGAUGAACAUAAACCACUUCAUAGUGUUUUAUCUCUUCUAUCGUACAUGUUAAAAGCACCUUUAGUCAAACCGGGUACAGAUGUCGUCAACUCACUCAAUAGACAAAGAAACGCUUUGGAACAAUUCUUAAAAGCUUGUUUGGGUUUAGAACAUUCCGGUGAUCUUCUGUUAAACACCAGAAUCUGGUAA